ACCACAUCUUGCUGACCAAACCCACUGUAUUGGGAGACACACACCCUGACACCCCCCCACUGAGCCCCAACCAGCCACACCCUGAUCCCUUACCCAUCAAGCCCCCCUCCCCCCGAGUCCUAACCACCUUCACAUGGACUCCCUUGCGGACUCCCAGUCCACCUGCACCCAGAACCCCCCACUGAGCUGUCCGCACCCAGUUUGCACCAUACAGAACCUUGGUACUCUUGAGGGAAUUCUGCAGCAAACAAUUAAAAAAAUUUAAAUUCUGCAAAGUCCUGCAUAUUUUAUUUGUAAAAUUAAUACAGUAACACAAUAACAAUAUAAUCACACCAUUUCCAAUUAUUUUUACAAUUUAUUUCAAAAUACUUGUCAGCAAAUAAUUAAAAAUGGUGUAAUUAUAUUGUGUUACUUUGACAAAUAAAAUAUGCAGAAUUUUAAAAUAUUAUGCACAGAAUUUUUAAUUUUUUGGCGCAGAAUUCCCUGAGGAGUAAACUACAUAGACCUUUUAGCAGUUGGUUUUGAGGUGGUAAGAAGCAUAUAAUUAAAUGUUCCUCAUCACUACUGACACUUAUCUUUCUGGAAAGUUCUUUAGUAGCCCUUUAAAGAGAAAUAAGAUUUCAUUACAUAAUUUAUUUAUAUAAAGCCAGUUACCAUAUUUUGAACUUCUUACAAUUCAUGUUUCUAAGAUGAUCCCAUCAAGCCAGCAUUGUAAAUGAGAUAUUUACUUUCUUAUAGGUCCUUGUCCAUAUUUUUUUUAACCUGCUAUAGGUAUAAAUAAUGAGCUAUGUUUGAAGGCCAGCCAUUAUUUGUAUUAUAGUCAUUAAUGGUUUUCUACACUUGGAAAAAAUCUGACCCAUAAUUCUCCAUGCGUGCAGCAGUAUAUAAUUUUUGGUCAGAUUGAUAUACUGAGCCUCCCAUUACAUUUUUUAUGUUGUUAUAUUUUAAAAAGAAUAACAGUGCCUUCUGCAUUAGUGGGCAGUAUUGUGAACUCCAGAGAUUUUUAUCCCAAAUCUCAUAUUUGGUGAUUUUCCUAAUGCUUCAGUUCCCAGGCAUGAGAUUAUAUGAAAAUCUCAGCUUUCUUUUAAAAAAAAAACAAGCUUCUAGCCCUUAUGAUUAUGGAAAAAAGCUUGAAAACAUGAACUCUAGAGAUCAGAAACCAAAAGGCAAAUGAGAAGAACCCAACAUUUACUUAUUUUAAAAACUGCAUAAUUUUUAAGUCAUUCUCGUGGUCUUUUGAGGUCUGAAAUGAUUUUUGAACUCUCGGCUUGGCAAUACUGAGUAAACUCUUUGAACUAUACUUACAAAAUUAUGAAAAAUGUUCUCCGUGUAGCAUUACUGUUUCACAGCUCUCUGGAUACUCAAGCCAUUUUAUUCAGCAAGGAUAAAAGUCACCCCUGGUAGAGGGCCAAUAUAAGGCCUAUGCCUAACUUAAAUCCAACAUAAGUGCUCAAAAUUGAGCUGUGUGCUCACAAGGGCAUGUAUCGUGGUAUAAAUAAAAGUCCAUCCUGAAUACAUUUAUUCUUCAAAGAUUUAUGUUCUUCAUAAUCUAGUGUAAUAGGUACACUGUAAAUUAGCAUAGAUGAGUUGUCUCUCAUCUUUAUUUUAAUUUUUUAAUUUUUAUUAAACCUUCAGCACAUGUUUUUGUGAAUUGAUAUAGAUACUUUGUGUAUGCUUCCUUGUGCUGUCUCAUCAGCUCCUAUCUCAUCUCUCAAGGUUAGCAAGGUCUGGAUGGGUCACUCCUUGGAUAGGCAAGACCUUCAUUUAAUAGAUCAUGUGGUCAACGGUGUUGGAAAUCAUGGUUCACUAUAAGGAGGACCUGCAAGAAAAUGCAAGUACAAUUCAUGUUGUGCAUAGACUGAAGGUGAAAGAAUGGCAAAUACAUCAUUAUGUGCUUCUGAUACAGCAGUGUCUCAAAAUCUUCAGAAAGUAUCCAGUUUUGUGGAAACUAAAACCACGCAUUGCUCAUUUUCCAUUGAAAGCAUUUUGGGAUUAGAACAGAAAAAAGAUGGCAUUCCAGCUGCGAAACCUCACAGACCAUGGAUGGAUACAUGCAACAAUUUAGGAGAAGACACUAAUCAGUGUCUGCAGACCCCUGUUAUUUCCUGCGAAGGGCCAUUAUUUCAUGUUAACAGUUACCCGAUACUGGACGAAAGAGUUUUGAAAUGUGAAAAAUAUUUUUCAGCCACUGAAAGGCUAUCUUACAAAAGGGAACUGAGCUGGUACAGGGGUAGGAGACCAAGAACUGCUUUCACUAGAAACCAGAUUGACGUGCUGGAAAAUGUUUUUAGAGUGAACUCCUAUCCUGGCAUUGACGUUAGAGAAGAACUAGCUCACAAACUAGAUUUAGAUGAAGACAGGAUCCAGAUCUGGUUCCAGAAUCGCCGUGCAAAGCUGAAAAGAUCCCACAGAGAAUCUCAGUUUAUAAUGGUGAAAAACACUUUAACCUCUAACCUUCUGGAAUAGGAAGAAGCCAGCUAGUUCACCAUUAUUCUACCACAGUAGAACAUGAAGAAUUAUUGGAACUUCAUAAUUUACAUUAUUAAGCAAUGAUAAUGUAACAUUUGUACUUUGAUAUUUGCAUCUAGUUUUGAAAGAUGAUCAUGAUUUUCAUUAGAAUAAACUGUAAAUACUUCAUUAUAACAUGCCUCAUAUUAUAAUUGCACUUUUUGUAAAAAAAGUUUUCCAUAUAUUUUAAUAAAUAUUUUCAGAAACAUGUAAGAUAUUUUUGCAGAUAACAAACUAUGAUACACUAGAUCCUGAGCUGAUGUAAAUCUGAAUAAUUUACUUGAAGACAAUGGAGCUACACCAGUUUAUACCAGCUGAGGAUUUGGUCCUGUGUGGUUACUGAUUUCAGAAAAAUCAGCAGGAAUACAUGAAAAAAAUGACUGAAUUUUUUUGUUUUGUUUAAUAAAGCUUCAGAUAUUUUAAAGGUAGAAGUAAAAAAUCAUCUAAAGUACACAAUUAUGCAAAAAUGCUACUGCUGUUACAGCAAAUUUAGCUUAGGUAUUUUACUGGAAUGAAAUAGUUUUUCAAUAUUAACAAUAUGGAGCUGAAAUUUUAAAAAAUUGUACUAAAUUAUACUUGUUUUUAUGAGACGUAUGUGCUAGCUAUUUACAAAUGAAAAACUUAGAGAACAGUAACAAUGUGUGGCAUUUGUAUUUUAGCUAAAUCAAUUAAACUGAAAAGCAGUUUAAAAUGUCAUUGUUAUCAACUUUAUGUUUUCUCAUCUUUUAAUGUAAAUUUAGCAAAUAUUUGCCCAGUUAAUAUUACCAGCUUAACUAUGUUACAUCCAAAUGGUUUUGUCCUGACAAAACCAUUUGGAUGUAACAUAGUUAAGCUGGUAAUAUUAACCGGGCAAAUUAAUUAUAAAUUAUAAAUAUUAACUGGGCAAAUUAAUGAUACAGUAUUGUGAAGUACUGAGUGCCUCCAGUAUCUCAUGAGAAAAUUCAGCACUUCUCAGGAUCAAACCCAUUUGAGAUUAGAUAUAUUGUUUCCUUGUUUAUUCAUUCUCUUAUCCAAUAAUACUGUGAAACAUUUUCCACAAAGUUUGUAGUGGUAAAGAUUUUUAUCAGAUGAUAUAUGAAAACCAAGCAUCCUGACAUUUGAUAUUGAAUCAACCCAAAGUCAAUGUAUAUAGUCCCAUCAACAAAGUAAAACCUUUAAUUUACUUCACAUGGCCCUGAUUCAGGAAAUCUACAGUCAUCUGUGUUGAGCAACACAUUAACAUACUUAACUGUUAGUAUAUGGUGAAGUCUCAUUGCUUUCAAUGGGAUGUCAGCUGAUGCUUAAGUGCUUUGCUGAAUAGAGGUGCUUUCGUGAACUGGGGCCUAACAGUAUACAAGGAAACUCCAUUUCAGAUGGCAGAAUUCAAUGUCUUCCAUUGUUGUAUGCAGUGUCGUAGGUGUGUUGGUUCCAGGAUAUUAGAGCAACAAGGUGGGGUGAGGCAAUAUUUUUUAUUGGACCAACUUCUGUUGGUCAGAGAGAGAAGCUUUCGAGCUUACAAGCUUUCUUGCCUGAGUGGCAAGAUAGAAAUGCCAGAGACGACUGCCUGUGAUUCCAUGGUAAAACUAUUAUAGUGCUUUAGGAAUUCAACUUGUUACUGGGUUGUUGAAAUCUAUAACACAUAACCAAUUUGGGGUCUCUGCCUUGCUUCUUGACAGUCUGCCCUGAGUUUGUCACUCACGGUCACAAACCACUCUGUUUAAGCUUGAAAGCUUGUCUCUCUCAUCAAGAACUUGGUCCAGUAAGGUCCAACUUGGUCACCCAUCUUGUCUCUCUACAAGAAAACUGAUUUUCUGAGUUUGGGGAUUCAUCCAUUAGUCCAAUAAAAGUACCAAUUCCUUUAACUGGCCUUUUCCAUUUUUUGUAACCAUUUUUUUAAACUGCACAUAUCUGUAGACCUUAAAGCAGAGAGUUAUGAUUUACUAUAUGUAGCCAGAAGAUUUCUCAAGGUGUUAUUCAAGAACGUGCAUUCUAAUUUUGAAGGCUUUGUUGUGUGCUGAAUUAUAUUAAAAACUCUGCGAGCACAUGUAGAAUCUUUGAAAAGUGAGUGUCAAAACUGUUAUGCCUUAAGACAUAUUCCUUAACAUAUCUGACUUCAAUGAGCUUAAUGGAUGACCGUGAUUAUCCUAUCCAAUUUGUAUGAUGGCAGUAGUCCUCCAACUUCAUUUUUAUCUACAAAGCCUUGAAACUGUCACUCUUUAAUCAAUAUUCUUUUCUGUUCUUAAAAUUGAAUGUUGCUUAUAAUAAGAAAAAUAACCAAACUAGGUGGUAAGACUUCUUAUUGGACAAAAGCUGCAAUUGACAAAAACUGCUUUUCUCCCCACUCGGUAAAUUCAUUUUGCUGAUUCAGGGACCAAUCCUGCAAACAUUUACUCUCUCAAGUAAUUUCACUGACGUAUGAGACAAUUUGCUUAAGUAAGGAUUUGUUGUAUUGGUCUCUUAUUUUUAAAGUACUAUGUUCGUUAAAAUAAACUAUCUGAUUUUCAGAUGAGAUUAAGCACUGAAGCUCUUCUUGAAUUCAGUGGGAGCUGAGUGUGUGCUGCACCUCUGAAAAAUUAGGCUGUACGCUUUAGUGACUCGGAGCAAAUAGUUUUUGUUCAUUGCAGCCAUAGUACAAUGGAAAGAGAUAAAACUAAGAUAUGUUUAUUUUAUGUGGAAAGUAACUGCAACAGGAGUGUAUUGGGCACAAACAGGCCUUGUUAGGACAAUGCAAGGAGGAGGAAAAAGUGCUAGUUUCCUUAAAUUCUUUAAUUACUUAGCUGGGUUUUGUUUUUUUGUUUUUUUUAGAAAGCAAAAACAAAACCAGAUGCAGUACUUUAUUUAAAUUCAUCGCAUUUCUGUUUUCAUUAUUGGAUUAGUAUGAACACAAUAAAUCCCAAAGAAUGAUA